GGAACAGCCUCGUUUUCAUUGUAAACAGAUCAUAGGCAAUAUGGCGGAAUACCCAUGCAGUAAACAAUUUGAUCAAGAGAGUAAGAAGAUCCAUCUGGCACUGGCAAUUCUAGGCACAGAGAAAAUUGCUGGUGUGCAAUGAAUGAAUUCUCUCCCUACAAUGUGAGGCUAAAAAAAUCUAUUGGAUGUCUAUUGUAUCAAACAAUAACGUGAUGGAAAAAUAACACACUCGUUUGUUUAUGUGAGUCAAAGACAAUAUAAUUUACAUGUUGUUGCUAUUCUGUUAUAAAAAUGUGAAAAAGAGAAGCCAUAGUAUGUAGUGUUGAUAGACUGGGGUAAAAUGUACACCACACAGUACCAUCGCCAGUCACCUGGCUACGUACCCUCGGGACAAGGUGAAGGUCGUGGCAAGAUGGCCGCUCACAGUGAUAUCCAAUUCAUUAAAUGUCUGCAGAAGUUCCCUCAUCAACGCACAGAGGAGGACUUGGACCUAGUGUAUUCCUACCUUCACGGGAUGGAGGCUCUUUCUUCACUACGAGAGCCGGCCCUCAGAGCACUGUGUCGUACUGUACGGUACGAGUACCACGAAGCCAACGAUAUACUGUACUGCCAAGGGGAGUUGAGUACCUGCUGGUAUAUACUGCUAUCUGGCUCUGUGUUCAUUGAGGGCUCCAUGUUCCUCCCAAGAAGCAGUUUUGGCAAGAGAACUCCGGGAUGUACCCGUCGUGCCAGCGAGUGUCUCAUUCUGGAGCCGUCAGAGAUGAUCGUUAUCGAUUAUCCUGAUGUCCAGAUUAUGAAAAACAGCCGUAGUGGACAAUGUAACAAUGUCAACUUCAAUCGUAUGUUUGAUUUAGAACAAGAAGAAGCCAAAUUACGAAAAAUGCACUGUGAUACAGCAGUGGAACAGCUACCACCAGAAUUCAAAAAUGAAAUGGUAUACUCACGCAAUGAAAUACAAAUAAAAAGGAGUUCGCGAGCGAGUGAUACUUCCAGUGCGUAUUCGGGGUCGGACAUGAUGCAGUCCUCCAUUGAUGACCAGGAGAAUCCGGAUAUGGACCUGACGGGAAUGCCGGAGGGUUACGUGGACUCCGAUGACGAUGAAGACAAAUUGUCAAACACUGAGUCUAUACGAGAUUCUGUACAAGAGUGUCUACAGAAAGAGCCCAAAGACAGGACAGAGGAUGACAUCGAGAUUCUCCUGGAGUUUAUACAGCAUUUUAGGGCGUUUGCCAACUUGACACAACCUAUCCGGCGUGAGUUGUGCGCGGUUAUGGUGUUUGCGGUGAUUGAGAAGCGGGGGACAGUUGUGAUGAGGGAUGGUGAGGAGCUGGACUCCUGGUCAGUCAUACUGAACGGUCAAGUGGAAAUAAUCCACUCAGAUGGCUCCGCUGAAUUCCUACAGAUGGGAGACAGCUUUGGGAUUUCCCCAACCCUGGACAAGAUGUAUCACAAGGGAGAGAUGCGGACAUUGUUAGAUGACUGUCAGUUUGUCUGUAUAGCUCAAGAUGAUUACCACAGGAUCCUAGACAAGGGCAAAGAGAACACAGAGAAACAUGUAGAAGAAGGGCAGGUUGUAAUGGUGACAGAACAUAGGAUAUUUGAUGGAGGAAACCGAAAAGGACAAAUCGUCAUCAGGGGCACACCUGACCAUCUAACACAACAUUUAGUACAGGAGCACUCGGCGGUUGAUCCUUCCUAUGUAGAGGAUUUCCUCCUUUGCUUUCGUGUCUUUAUAAAAGAUCAUAUGGACUUGGCAAACAAAUUACAGCACUGGUUUGAGACACCAAGUUACAGGAAUAAGGUGACGCGGGUAGUCCUACUGUGGGUCAAUAAUCACUUUGUGGACUUUGAGACAGAUGCCCCUCUCUGUGAGUUCCUGGAGAACUUUGAAGGCCUUCUGGAACGAGAACUCAGCAUUGAAACAAGUAGAAAGAGUAAAGCGGAAAUGUUUGGUCAGCUGCGGCUAUUGAACAUAGCUUGUGCUGCCAAAGCCCGGUCCAGAACUAUCACAUUAACCAGAGCAACCAGAGAGGAGGUGUUGCACUUCUCUGUCCUUGGGGGACAGGAAAGGGGCUUUGGUAUUUUUAUUUCCAAAGUAGAAAAGGGCUCCAAAGCUUAUGAGGCUGGCCUCAAAAGGGGAGACCAGAUUUUAGAAGUAAAUGGAGCCAGUCUGAACAAUGUCUCCCACAACAGAGCACUGGAGUUACUAAGGGGAACAACUCAUCUCUCUCUCAAUGUCAAGUGUAACCUCCUAGACUUUAAGGAGCUGUUAGAGGUCCCAGACAAGAGACAGAGUAAGGAGGAGACGCCCACACUCAGUAAGAGGUCCUCCACAGGGGACCUCGAGUCCAAGACCCCAAAGAGUGACAAGAAGGAGAAGAGGGACAAGAAAAAAUUCUAUACGCUUGGCAAACAUAAUGUGUUCAAUUACAUAGGAGGGAAAAUUCUGUCAAAAAUGCCCUCCUCCUCUAGUUUGGCAACUAAUGAAAAUUUGAAUAGAUCAGAUGAGAGUCUAUACAAGGGUUCAUCUCGAGCUCGACUGCCGUCCGUUAACUCGCUGUCUACCCUCGGUCUACAGUCACAACCUCUCAGUGCCAGUAACCCUGACCUUUCUGCACUCUCACUGGAGGAGAAUGUUAAGGAAUAUCCUGAUAUGGUUGUCAAGGUGUACAAAGCUGACCAAACUUUCAAAUUUCUGGCCAUCACCAAGGACACUAAUGCAAGACAGGUGGUUUUACAAGCUCUGCAGGAGUUUGGAAUUACAGAACCAAGCAGCAAUUAUUCCCUCUGUGAGGUGACUGUGGAGAACGAGAACUUGGUCAAACAGAAGAGACUUCCAGACUCUAUGGCUAAUCUUCCUGACCGGGCCAACUUAAACGGAAGGCGUACUGUUCCAUGUGUACUCAGGUAUUACCUUAAGAACAAUAUGAACACGGAGACACUGGUCCCGGACGAGUUACGCGGUGAACUGAUCAAGGAGGCUCAGAUAAGUCUUCUACAGCUCCACACCACGGAGGUGGCGUCCCAGCUCACUCUGGACGACUUCAAGGUCUUCAAGAGUAUAGAGCCCACUGAGUACAUCGACAACUUGUUUGGUCUUAACUCUAAGUUUGGUACACCUAACUUACAGAAAUUUACAGAGCUUAUCAAUAAGGAGAUGUACUGGGUUGUCACUGAAGUAUGUGGAGAACUCAAUGUUGUCAAAAGAAUGAGAAUGAUCAAACAGUUCAUCAAAAUCGCAAAGCACUGUAAAGACUGCAAGAAUUUUAAUUCCAUGUUUUCAAUAUUAAGUGGCCUUGAUAAAAUAUAUGUCUCAAGAUUACGCAACACGUGGGAGAAAUUACCCAGCAAAUAUGUCAAGAUGUAUGAGGACUUAAAGGAAUUGAUUGACCCUUCAAAGAACAUGUCCAAGUACAGGAGUUAUGUCAGUAGUGACCACGUUCAACCACCUAUGUUGCCAUUAUUUCCUAUUGCAAUGAAAGAUCUAACUUUCCUGAAAGAUGGCAAUGAUACAAAAGUGGAUGGACUUAUCAACUUUGAAAAAUUCAGAAUGAUUGCCAAAGAAGUUCGCAACCUCUGCAAUAUGUGUUCAGCUAAAUAUGAUGUAAAUACGAUGUUCCUUGGCACACAAAGUAUGUAUGAGAGUUCUUGGAUCAUGGGAAUGGCGACCAUGAAGAGAGUGAAGAAAGGGUCUACUCUCCCCAAUGCUAAGAAAAUGUAUGAAGAGGCCCAGAUGGUGAGGCGCGUGAAGUCGUACCUCAGUAACAUGAAGGUCAUCUACGACGAGGACAAACUACGGGAAAUGUCCUACCAGUGUGAGCCGCCCGAGAACAAAGCAAAGAGAACUGAACAUAGUCCAAGUGUUCCUAAUGUUACCAUUACAACCAAGGACGAAAAAACUACUGUACCAACAGGUCCAAAAUUUGGUGCUGAAUCUCCACAGGCAAUCCAGAAAUUGAUGGGAUUGUCUGCGUCUGUUAAACCUCAUAAAUCCCAUUACCCCCUCCCCCCUGCUCCGUCAGGGGUAAGCAGUCCGUCCCAUAGCUCAGGGCGACGACCACCCACAUCGCCCCGUCAUUCUGCUGCCUUAAGGUCCCAUCCAGUUCAUCUGUCACCCGAGAGUUCAUCUGUCGUCAGUCUUAGUAAUAUAGCUUACCGCAGACCCAAACGAACUGGGUCUCAAACUUCCCAGACAUCGUUGACGUCAAACGAGUCGAGUUCCACAGACAACACACAGACCAGCCAUGGUUCUCAUCCGCAGUACGCUCGGCUGUCUCACAAUCAGCAUGAGUCACCUGAUUCUGCCCGCCACAGCAUGAUCUCCACCAGCUACGACACUCAGAGCACCAAUUCCGUGGGGUCCAACAACAGCUCCUCCUCUACCCACUCCCCGCCCCCACAUUACCGACGUCACGGCCCCCAGACCGCACCGCCCUUCCUACAUCAACAUAGUACUCCACCUCUUCCCCAGGCUAGGGCGAGACCACCAUUACCGCCCUAUAAUGUUGUCAUGCAAAAUUCACCAGCCUAUAGCCAUAUUAUCCAUCAAACGUACACUAAAGUCCGCCGACCGCCCCUGCCUGACUACCAAUCUGCUACCCACAUGGCCCAACUAGCUCGCCAGAAGCAAUAUUGGCAGAUGGACCGAUCUCAUUCACAUGAAGGGGUGUUAGGAUACUGCAAUGGGCAGGCACCUUAUUACCAAGUCUCUGAUGAGGAAGAAGAGGAACAGGUGUCGGCAGUUUGAGGAGGCUUUCCUUCAGUAAGCUAGAACUGUUCUCCAGGCCUGGGAAGGGUCUACAGCAUCCCCGUAUGUCUGUCAGUCAUAACUGACAGGAAGGGGUGUGUACAAACAGGAAGGGGCGUGGCCCCAUUUAAAGUGCAAUUCUUCCUGCUCAUCUGUGAUAGUCAAAAAAACCUAUAAUCCUCUAUAACUUAGGGGAAAAUUGUUGGUGCAAGUUAAAUUCUUGUGCAAACACUAGUGCAAUUUGACACAAAAUAGGCAAUGCGAUGCGAUGCAUGUGUAUUAGUGGCAGUAUUAAUCUGACGAGGAUCUGUCUUCGUGUAAACUGAUCUGAAAUCAUCCAGCCACGCGCUGCUCUGUGUAUAUGUGUUCAGACCAAGGGACGUUUGAUGAUGGUACUUCCUACAUACAGUUAUAGUGCUAUACCAUGAUCAUAGUGUGAACUGUGCCAUUACAUCAAAGAAAGAGCUUCCUUAUUUUCCAAGGAAUUGGACUCCAGAAUUAUUCAUAUAUGUAUUUGUAUACCAAAGAUUCAGUCAUCAUUUUACUCAUUUUGUUUAAAAAUGGCAAGAACCAUAUUGAAUUGUUUUAAUUUUAUCAUUAUAAUAUAUUUUCAUUCAAAGUAAAAGUUUAUUCAUGUUUAAUUUAUUGGAUGUAUAAACCUGUUUUAUUUUAAUUUCAGAUUAUCUAUAAUGUACACAUCUCAUCCCACAAAAUUUUAAUACAUAGGUAAAAAAUGAUGAAAAACAUUAUUAAAACCAUGUUUAUUUUAAUUAAGAUUUCUAAAUUUUUAAAAUCUUAUCAGUUCAUACUUAUGUGUAAAAUUUCUAUGAAAUUGUCAACAUCUGACAUAUGCUCUGUAUGUGCUUAAUAUAAGUUCUGAAACCAGAGAAAGCAACAACCACAAAACAAGCAAUUAAAUCUUAUAAAUGUUACAAAAACUGCUGGAUAGAUAAUGUAUGUUAUUAUUCUGAAAUGGCUUUUCUGCAAUUCAAUUCCUAUUAAAUUUUAAAGGUUCAUCAACUUUCUAAUAAGAAAGAUAACUCUACCUAAGAUGGACUAUUUACCUUAGUUAGAAAAUUUUGAAAUUUUAAACAUUCAGAAAAAAAAUUAUAUUGGUGAACAGAAGAAUGAGAAACCUUAGCCUUACUUAUAAUUUGUUUUGGUUUUGGGAGUGGGAGGGACUAAAAUUAGUUUAUAACAUGCUAAUCUAUCAUAAAAGUAUUUUUUGAAAAAAAAAAAAAAAACUAUUUAAGUUGAUCAUUAUUCGAUAAAAAUUAUUUCUUUUUUAAAAGAAAUAUAUUUAGGCAUUUAUUUUUGUGCCUAUAAGAAUUAUGGCUGCUAAAAUUUGUUUUUAUGGAUGUUUCUAUGGAUAAUUUAAUGUCUUUUUAUGUAAUACUAAAUGUGAUUUAUAUGCAUCAUUUGGAGAACUAUAGAAAAUAAGAAUCUAAUAGGAAACUGUUUUAGUAAAAAAAAUUUGUUUUAUUCCAGGUACUAGACAGAGUAAUAUGUAAUUCAGUAUUAUGUAAAUUUAUAGCUAACAUGUCUGACACUGCCAAAUCUUUGCCAAGGGACCAGAGUGUCCCAAUAUAGUCUUAUAACUGAUGUGACAUAUAAAUUGUUUUGUUUAAAACAUACAGGGACAAUUUAUUAUUUUUUCUUUUAAGAAACAAUGACAUUAAUUUUUUUCUUUUUCAUGACCCAAUGUCAAUUUUUGGCUUUUGUGAAAAUACUGUUCUAUUAAAAAUGAAAUUUAGAUAAGUAUUUAAAAUAUCUCUACUGAGAAUGUUAAGUUGCAAGUAUGUCUUUUAAGACUGUAACCAAUCUAAAAUAUGCUUUGUCAAAUAUACACAAAUUUUAACCAAGUCUAGUUGAAUUCAGGGAACAAUGAGAUAACUUGUAAAGAGAUUUUGUCAAUGAUGAUGUACAGUAAAAUAGUAUUAACAACGAAGUCACAAAAUAUUAAUUUUAUCAUGCAUCCUGUAUAUAAUUUACUUAUUACCAAGAAAAUAAAUAAAAUUAUUAAAACCAUA